AUGUCGGAAGAACUCACCAAGGUCGACUCCGCCGUCGCCGGCUUGACGCUAGAUGCCAAGGAGGAGAAGCCCAAGGAGACCAAGGCCAAGACACGACGUGCCUCCUCCACCGCCGAAGGCGUCUACAACAUCAAGGAACUAGAGGAGAAGAAGAUCGAAUUGACUCUUCCCAUUGAAACGCAACGCACGGGAUGGAAGCUCAACACCUCCCCAUCAACCAUUGAGGACAAGGACAUCCUCAAACUCCACCUCGUCAACCCUCCCGUCAAGAAGAUCGACCUGCACUUCCCCUUGGGGCUGGAGGUCACAGCCCGCAACAUGAAGGGCGUCACGGUAAAGGAUGCGCUGGACGCAAUCCACAAGCAGUUCAAGAAACAGUCCGACGACACAUUAACGGAGCCCUACCUCAAAGGUUUCGAGUGGGACAAGGAGGAGUGCUGGACACGCCUCAUCGUCCACCAGACCAAGACGGGUCCCCCGGUCCAGACCAGCAGCAAGAAGUCCAAGAAGAAGAAGAGCGACGACGCAUGA